AUGAGGCACCUGCCGUACUUCUGCCGCGGCCAAGUGGUGCGGGGCUUCGGUCGCGGCUCCAAGCAGCCGGGCAUCCCUACAGCUAAGUUUCCUGAACAAGUAGUAGAUAAUAUUCCAGCUGAUGUAUCUACUGGCAUUUAUUAUGGUUGGGCCAGUGUUGGAAGUGGAGACGUCCGUAAGACGGUGGUGAGCAUAGGAUGGAACCCAUACUACAAGAAUACAAAAAAGUCCAGGGAAACUCAUAUCAUGCAUACUUUCAAAGAGGACUUCUAUGGGGAAAUUCUUAAUGUGGCCAUUGUUGACUACCUCAGACCAGAAAAGAACUUUGAUUCUUUAGAGUCACUUAUUUCAGCAAUUCAAGGUGAUAUUGAGGAAGUCAAAAACGACUAG